GGGGGCAUGGCGGGGGACGCAGAAGCAGAGAAGUGGAAACAAAUCAAUAAUUUUGUAACUUUACGUUAACAACUUAUUGUGCAUGUUUCCUAAACUUAAUUUCAUACAUAUCUAUCAGAACCGUUACAUUGUACAUGAAAUAACUAAGUAUUGGUGUGCCAUUGGGUCAUAAUCAUGAAUAGGGACAAACGGGAACCGGAAUAUCCUGCCGAGUUAGAAUCUCAGUUCAUACUGAGGCUCCCUCCCGAGCCUGCUAAGGUUCUUAGCGAAGUUUUGAAAACUGGAGAUAAUCUCAAAAAUCGUUUGACCAUACAAAUCGAGAACGACAUGCGGCACGGUGAAGUGCGAUUUGACCACUGGCUCAUGCACGCUAAAAUCGUAGAUCUGCCCGCAAUCGUAGAGGCCCUGAAAACUAUAGACAACAAAAGUUUCUACAAAACUGCAGACAUUGCCCAAAUGAUGAUAUGCAAAGAUGAACCUGAUCAACCAGCCACUGAAGAUGAAUCUCCGUCAAAGAAUAAGAGGAAGGACCCAUACAAGGUCGACAAAAAGUUUCUGUGGCCCCAUGGAAUAACUCCUCCAACAAAAAACAUAAGGAAGAGACGUUUCAGAAAAACUUUAAGGAAGAAGUUUGUGGAAGCACCUGAGAUAGAGAAAGAAGUAAAGAGACUGUUGCGAGCUGACAAUGAGGCAGUUAGUGUAACAUGGGAGGUCAUAAAUGAAGAAGAAGAUCAGUCUACUAAACCAGAACCUGGCCCAUCUGUUAGCACCAAGCCCGAAAAGAAGCCUAAAGCUGAGCGGCCACCUAAACGAAGUGAACCAAAAUCAACUGCUCCAAAUCCUGAAUCAUCAAAGCUUGUUGACAUAUUUGGUGGAGCUCUCAGCGACAGUGACUUAGAAGAAGACAACAUUAAUGUGGAGAUGGAGAACUGUCGCUUGUCUCCAUAUGACAGCCGGAUGUUGGAUACUGGAUCCAUGCAUGGAUUGGUGGACAUGCAUAGCAAAGAAACAGAAAGGUUUGAUGCACAAAUGUUUCCAUAUCCUGAAGGUCCUAAGGCAACUUUUAGUCAUGCCUCUACCUCUGGCAUGCAGCAUCACUCUAGCAGCAGAGUUUCAACUGCAUUGUCUGAAGAAGAGGACGGAGACUAUCAGAGCAUGCGUGACAUGAACAAGGACAAUAUGAGCUUCAGAAUUGAACAAGUUAAAGCAGAACUGGAUGAAUUGAAACAACGCCGUCAGCGGACACAACAUGAGAUUGCUGGCAUGGAAAACUUGGCUCUACGACAGCGGUUCCAAGAUAUUCUUCAUACAUUGAAUCAGGAUAUUAUGUAUAAAGACAUGGAGUACCAAGGUCUAUUAACACUUCAAAAUUCUGAGGUGAUAUAAACUGACUUAGAUCUAACAAUCUUAUUAAUGUAUUGAUGUUGUAUUUUAUCUGCACAUAAAUAUCUACUAUGUGCAGGUUCAUUAUUAGUAUUUAAGUAUUUUAUAUAGUUAUAAGUAACGGAACUGAAUUAAAUUGGAAGCUAAUGGAAGUACAGGGAGUCAGCGGAGUGCUAUUUGAAUAACUUUAUAAAUAUACCUUGGUUUCUGUACUAUAUUUGUGUUGAGGAACAAGAUUUCAAUGAUAUGCAAGCUUAUGUCUCUUGUAUUACUGUCACAUUUAAACCGAUUGUUUUUAACACAUUCAAUGCCAGUGACCGGGCAGGUUCUCUGUUUGUAGGCGCUUCUGCUACAUAUGGUUUCUCUCGGGUAAUGAUAUAUUUCCUUAUCAAUGUUAAUUAUAUUAUUAUAUUUUUGGUAAAAAAAUUGAUAUUGUGUAAAGACUAUCUACCUACCUGAAGUUUAAUUAUUUGAUCUCAUUCGUACACUAAAUGGAUUACUAAAUUAUAAACAAAUUACAUCUAUAAAAUAUUUUACAUGUGUACUUUCUUAAGACAUUAUAUAUAUUUUUUCAAUUAUGAGGUAUUUACACAAGUAUCAGUACUUAUUAAAAAUGAAUUAGUUUCUUAUGUCUGCUAUGAAGCAGUGUAAUGAGCUGUUUUAAUUUUAACAUAACUUGAAUUAUUUUAAAAGGUUUUUUCGAAACUAAAAAAAUACUAUACCACCCAAUACGAAUUUGUGAUAUUUUACUGUUAUUGGGGCAUAUAAUGCACUUUAGACUGAAUGCCGGUGAAUGCAAUGAUUUUACAAUUGAUUUAAUGAAAAUUUUAAAAUGUCAUUGUGGUUUACAUAAUUACUAAGUAUAUGUUUACUACUUUUUAUUAAGUCUUUGUUAGGUUAAGUGUUACAGUUAAAUAGUUUAAGUUACUUAACAGUUGCUUAACGACAGUGUAAAACAUUAUAUAUUUCAUUAUUUUUAGAGAUGCAACGGAUAGUUGUUUAUCCGGAUACCGGAUGUUCGGCCUGACCAUUAAUUAAAAAUAAAUAUUCGGCCGGCGGAACUAUACCUACAUUUCAUUUUUUCAGGUGCGUAUUGCGUUAGGUUUUGACCUGUUUCGUAGUGUACGUUCGCACGGACUCAUUACUAGGUUCGAAAUGAGUGCGCGUGUAAGUCAGUGGAAUGUUUAAAUUGUUUUAAAAUAAUAAACGAGAAUAAUUUGCUUGAUUUUGUUUACUCCAAAAUCAAGCAAAAUUACUAUCCGGUAUCCGGCUGGAUAGUAGGUCACAUCCGGUAUCCGGACGGAUAGUACGUCACUAUCCGGUAUCCGGCCGGAUAUUAAAAAUAAGGGCCGGAUACCGGAUAGUGACCGAAUAUCU